CCCGACGUCGCCACGGUUACGCCAAUCUGACUAUGUCUCACUCGGGCGCUCAAGGCAGCAUCGGCAGCCACUCCGCCAUGGGGCUGCGCGGUCACAAGAUAUUCCUUUACGAGUUUGAGAACUUCCAGGGCCGGAGGACGGAUCUGUUCGGGGAGUGCCGCAACCUGUGUGAGAAGGGCCUGGAGAAAAUCGGCUCCAUCCGCGUAGAAAACGGACCCUGGGUGGGCUUUGAGCAGCAGAACAUGAGCGGUGAGAUGUUCGUCCUGGAGAAAGGAGAAUACCCCCGCUGGGACGCCUGGUCCAACAGCUACCGCUGCGACCGCAUCAUGUCAGUCAGGCCCGUCAAGAUGGACCCCCAGGACCAUAAAAUCUGCCUGUACGAGUGCACCAACUUUGAGGGUCGCAAGAUGGAGGUGUGCGACGAGGACAUUCCAAGCCUUUGGUCUUACGGCUUUCAGGACCGCGUGGCGAGCAUUCAAGUCACUGGUGGAACGUGGGUGGCCUACCAGUACCCUGGUUACCGUGGUUACCAGUACAUCAUGGAAGCGGGCUCCUACAAGCACUGGAACGAGUGGGGGGCGCACCACCCCCAGGUGCAGUCCAUUCGCAGGGUGAAAGACAUGCAGACGCACCGCCGGGGUUGCUUCGAGAUGGCGCCUAGACCCAGACCACCGCCGCGCAUUUUGUCAGCACAAAAACAACCCGCAGAGGCGCUGCGCUGCUAUCGGUCCAGAAAGCAGCAGGUGGCGAACGCUCUCCGUCUCCACACCUCACCCGAUCACGUUUUUUUUUCUUCAUAGCUAGCCGUUUGUGUCGGAAAUAUGUUUCGGUGCUAUUUCUAAGCUUUUUAAUCGCAUUUAUAGUCACUCGGUUUAUGUUACAGUUGCAACGAUGCCCCUCAGCCUACAACGCAGCAGUGGAAAUACAUUUUACGGUAAAAAAAACAAGCGUAAAAAUAACAGUCGUACUGAGUUACUACUUGCAGAAAAAAGGUGCAAUUUUUUUUAAUUUUUUUUUAAACAGGGAUUUUACAGUAAAAAAUUGGCAGCUCAGUCGCCUGAUUUUUACUGUGGAAAAAUAACAGUGGUGCCAUUUUUCUAUUUACAGUCAAGCACUUUAAAAACAACAACUGUACAUUUUAUGUAAAAUAAAAACUACAACCUCGCAGCUCAGUUGCCAACAUUUACUGCUAAAACAACCGUGGUACCGUUUUUUCACUUACAUGUAAAAAUUAUUGUAGAAUUUACGGUAAAAAAAAACAAAAAAACGGAAGUUAUUUCGCCAAAAUUAACCGUACUUUAUGCAGCAAAGAUUUUAAAAAACAAAACAAACAAAAAAACGGAGAUUUUACCGUAAAAAAAACCUGGCAGCUCAGUCGCCUAAAAUUUACCGUGGUACCAUUUUUUAAUUUACAGUAAAUCCCUGUAAAAUCAAUGACUGUCGAUUUUACCAUAAAAAACAAAACAAAACGGGCAGCUCAGUCGCCUGAAAUUUACUGUGAAAAUAACAGUGGUGCCGUUGUUUUAGUUACAGUAAAUCACUGUAAAAACAAUGACUUUUUUACGGUGCAAAAAACAAAAACUGUCAGCUUAGUUGCCGGUAUUUAUAGGGAAAAGAAAAGUGGUACCGUUUUUCCAUUUACAUGUAGAAAUAAUGAUUGUAGAAUUUACGGUAAAAAAACUAAACAAAAAAAAAACGGAAGUUAUUUCGCCAAAAUAAACCGUACUUUAUGCAGCAAACAUUGUAAAAAACAAAACAAACAAAAAAAACUGAUAUUUUACCGUAAAAAAAAACUGGCAGCUCAGUUGCCUAAAAUUUACCGUGGUACCAUUUUUUAAUUUACAGUAAAUCCCUGUAAAAUCAAUGACUGUCGAUUUUACCAUAAAAAACAAAACAAAACGGGCAGCUCAGUCGCCUGAAAUUUACUGUGAAAAUAACAGUGGUGCCGUUGUUUUAUUUACAGUAAAUCACAGUAAAAACAAUUACUUUUUUACGGUGCAAAAAAACAAAAACUGUCAGCUUAGUUGCCGGUAUUUAUAGUGAAAAGAAAAGUGGUAUAGUUUUACUAUUUGCAGAAAAAAAAAUGUACAAAAAUUUCGCAGAGAUUUUACAGUAAAAAAAAAUUGCUGAAUUUUUACUGUAAAAAUAACAAUGGUACCAUUUUUCCAUUUACAGUAAAGCAUUGCAAAUACAACUGUAACUUUUUUUUUUAUGGUUAAAAUUUUUUUAAAAAAGUCAGCUUAGUUGCCAAAAUUGACCAUAAAAAUAAAAGUGGUACUGUCCUUUUUUUAUUUAUAUUAUGCAAAAAUAAGGACUGUAGAUUUUACGGUAAAAAAAAAAUAGUCAGUUCGGUCGCCAAAAUUUACCGUAAAAAUAAGUGGUACCAUUUUACAAUUUGCAGAAAUACAAUGUAGAAAAAAAUACUGGUAGCUCAGUUGCCGGAAUUUUACUGUAACCAUAACAAUGGUAAAAUUAUUUUCAUUUACAGUAAUGCACUGUAAAAACGGUGAUUGUAGAUUUUACAGUAAAAAAAAAAUGGCAGUGGAGUUGCCUGAAUUUUGACUGUAAAAAUAACAAUGGUACCAUUUUUCCAUUUACAGUAAAGCACUGCAAAAACAACUGUAGAUUUUUACGGUAAAAAAAAAAUGGCAGCUUAGGUGGCAAAAUUAAACAUUAAAAUAAAAGCGGUACCAUUUUUUUUUCAUUUACAGUAUGUAAAAACAAGGACUGUAGAUUUUACAGUAAAAAAAAAGUUCAGUCGCCAAAAUUUACCGUAAAAAUAAGUGGUAGCAUUUUACUUUUUGCAGAAAUACAAUGUAGAAAAAAAUACUGGUAGCUCAGUUGCCGGAAUUUUACUGUAAACAUAACAAUGGUAUAAUUUUUUCAUUUACAGUAAUGCACUGUAAAAACAGUGAUUGUAGAUUUUACAAUAAAAAAAAUGGCAGUAGAGUUGCCUGAAUUUUGACUGGAAAAAUAACAAGGGUACCAUUUUUCCAUUUACAGUAAAUUACUGCAAAAACAACUGUAGAUUUUUACGGUAAAAAAAAAUGGCAGCUUAGUUGGCAAAAUCAAACAUUAAAAUAAAAGCAGUACCAUUUUUUUUUAAUUUACAGUAUGUAAAAACAAGGACUGUAGAUUUUACAGUAAAAAAAAGUUCAGUCGCCAAAAUUUACCGUAAAAUUAAGUGGUAGCAUUUUACUUUUUGCAGAAAUACAAUGUAGAAAAAAAUACUGGUAGCUCAGUUGCCGGAAUUUUACUGUAAACAUAACAAUGGUAUAUUUUUUAAAUUUACAGUAAUGCACUGUAAAAACAGUGAUUGUAGAUUUUACAGUAAAAAAAAUGGCAGUGGAGUUGCCUGAAUUUUGACUGUAAAAAUAACAAUGGUGCCAUUUUUACAUUUACAGUAAAACACUGCAAAAACAACUGUAGAUUUUUACGGUAAAAAAAAAGGCAGCUUAGUUGGCAAAAUUGACCAUUAAAAUAAAAGCGGUACCAUUUUUUUUUUCAUUUACAGUAUGUAAAAAUAAGAACUGUAGAUUUUACAGUAAAAAAAAAGUUCAGUCGCCAAAAUUUACCGUAAAAUUAAGUGGUAGCAUUUUACUUUUUGCAGAAAUACAAUGUAGAAAAUAAUACUGGUAGCUCAGUUGCCGGAAUUUUACUGUAAACAUAACAAUGGUAUAAUUUUUUAAUUUACAGUGAUGCACUGUAAAAACAGUGAUUGUAGAUUUUACAGUAAAAAAAAAUGGCAGUUGAGUCGCCUGAAUUUUGACUGUAAAAAUAACAAUGGUGCUAUUUUUCCAUUUACAGGAAAGCACUGCAAAAACAACUUGAUUUUUACGGUAAAAACAAACAAACUGGCAGCUUAGUUGCUAAACUUUACCAUAAAAAUAAAAUCCGUACCAUUUCUCUUCAUUUACAUUAUGUAAAAACAAGGUCUGUAGAUUUUACAGUUCAAAAAUGGGCUGUUCAGUCACCAAAAUUUACUGUACAAAUAAGUGGUAACAUUUUACUAUUUACAGAAAAAAUAAUGUAGAAACAAACCUGGCAGCUUAGUCCCCUGAAUAUUACCGUAAAAAUAACAAUGGUAUCGAUUUUUUAAAUUUUACAGUAUUACAAUGUAAAAGUAAAAACUGCGGAUUUUACGGUAACAAAAACAAACUGGCAGCUCAUUCGCCAAAGUGUACAUUAAAAAUAACAAUGGCAUUAUUUUCUCUUUUACAGUAAUGCACUGUAAAAACAAGGACUGUAGAUUUUUAGG